AUGUUUUCCGUCUUUUCUGUCUUUCUUUUCUUUUCUUUCUUUCUUUCUUUCUUUCUCUUUCUUUCUUUCUUUCUUUCUUUCUUUCUUUCUUUCUUUGAUUUUCUUCAUUAUGUGAUUCUUUCUUUCUUUCUUUCUUUCUUAGUUUCUGGCUUUAUUUCUUUUUUCGCCCUUCGUUCCUUUCUUUCUUUCUUUCUCUUCUUUCUAGUCUCUUUUUUUCCAUUUUCUUUUUUCUUUUUCUUUUUCUUUUUCUUUCUUUCUUUUUCUUGUCUAUCUUUCUUCCUUUUUCAUUCCUUUUACCUUCUUUAUUUCUCCCUUUUUCUUGCUUUCUUCUUUAUUUCUCUUUCUUUUCUUUUUCCCUCAUUUUUCUUUCUCUUUUCCUUUUUCCUUCUUUCUUUUUCUUUCUUUCUUUUUUGUUCUUUUUCUUUCUUUUCUUUCUUACUCGCAACUCCCCUUUCCUUUAUUUUACCAUUUUCUUCGAUAUACUUUCUAUAUUUUAAAUCCUCUUAUUCGAUCUUCCUGUAUCUCUUUAGUUUUUUUCUAUAUUUAAUCCCAUCAUUUCUUCGUUAUGUGCAAAUAUAUUCGCUUCUUGCUUCUUUUUUCUCUUUCUUUUCAUAA